AUGGCCGAGCAGGCGGCGGGACCCCCGGCGGAGCCGCCCGGGGACGAGGCGGAGACGGAGGAGGGGGCGCGCCGGGCCGGGUGCGCGCGCCCGCGGGCCGUGGAGCCGGUGCUGCUGCUGGCCACGCUGGCCAUGGGCUUGCAGGGCCCCCUCUGCACCCAGUACCUGUGGGAGCGCCUCGGCCCCGGGAACGGCAGCGCCGCCCGGCAGGAAGGAGCAGCCGGAGGAGGAUGCGCCAACGGGAGCGGCUCCGCGAAGCAGGAGGAGGAGCUGGAGACCCUGGUGGCCCACUGGAACCUCUACCUCAACCUGGCCGGCUUCCUCGUGGGCCUCUUCUCCGUCACGCUGCUCGGCCCCUGGAGCGACUCUGCGGGGCGCCGCCCGGCCCUCGUCCUCCCCUCGCUGGGCAUGGCUCUGCAGGCGGCCAUCUUCCUGGCGGUGAUGUCCCUCCGGCUCCCCGUGGCCUGGCUCCUGCUGGGGCGCAUCCUGGCCGGCCUCUCGGGCGACUACAACCUCAUCUUGGCCGCCUCCUUUGCCUACGCAGCCGACGUCAGUGACCGGCGAGGGCGCACUUUCCGUGUGGCCGUCCUGGAGGCCUGCCUGGGCCUGGCGGGGAUGGGCGCCAGCAUCCUGGGCGGGCAGUGGCUCCAUGCCCAAGGCUACGUGGCUCCCUUCUGGCUGGCACUCUCUGCUAGCCUCGCCGCCGCUCUCUAUGCAGCCGUCUGCCUGCGGGAGUCUGUGGCGCCCCGGCAGCCCGUGAGGCUCCUCACCCUUCGACAUUACGCCUCCGUCCUCCACCUCUAUGCGCCCGGCGCCCGGGGCUGGCAGUGGCAGAAGCUGCUCCUUUACUCCCUUGCCUUCUUCCUGGUGGUCGCCGUGCAUUUCGGGGCCUCGGACCUGCUGGUGCUGUACGAGCUGAGCACCCCGCUCUGCUGGGGCUCGGAGCUGAUCGGCUACGGCUCGGCCGCUCACUACCUGGCCUACCUGGCCAGCUUGUUGGGGCUGCGCCUGCUGCAGAACUGCCUCGAGGACGGCUGGGUGGCCGAAGCCGGCUUGCUGUCCAACGUCCUGGGCCUGGGGACGAUCGCACUGGCGAGCACCACGCCCCUGAUGUUCACAGGAUAUGGCCUCCUUUUCCUCUCCAUGACUGUCACGCCUGUGAUCCGCUCCAAGUUAUCCAGGCUGGUUGACGAGAAGGAGCAAGGGGCUCUCUUUGCUGCCGUGGCCUGCGUGGAAGGCCUCUGCUCGCUGGUGGCCACGGGGGUCUUCAACUCCCUUUACCCUGCCAGCCUCUCCUUCAUGAAAGGCUUCCCCUUCCUCUUUGGAGCCGUCAUCCUCCUCGUUCCAGCCGCCAUCAUCGGGUGGAUUGAAAUCCAGGACUCGAAACCCGACUACAGCCACUUUGCCGACGUGCCUGGUCCGCUGCAGGAGGCGGAACAAUGACCAGCUGGACCUGAGUUGCCACCCUUCCAGAAACCAGGAGCCGAUUUCUGCACGGGGCUCUCCAGUGACUUGAAUACAUUUUGCUGG